AUGGGCCUUUGCUGGAACAUGGGAAAUGGCCCAACAGUUGUGUGCUUCACACAACUUGCAGAUGAGAUUGUCAUGCCUCCGGAUGAACAAGGACUUAGUUUACCUUCUCCUGAUCAACUAAGAAACUUUAGCACUCAUUUAAUCGAUGAUAUUCUAUUGUGGAAAACACCCGAGGACUUGACGUCCCCUACCAUUGGAUUUAUUCCAAUUCUUGAUAGUUUCCUCAGGUUGCCUGACUUCUUUUUUAAUUGUUCAGCAUUGACGCAUUUGUAUCUCAAGGAAUGUGAAAUACAGCCUCCAUGUUUCUUUAAGGGAUUUAAUAAGUUGAUUAGGCUAAUAUUAAAAUCUGUCACGUUAUCUUCUGAUACGUUUGAAAGUUUGAUCUCUAAUUGCCCAUUGCUUGAGGAUUUGGUACUAAAAGACAUAGACAGUCCGUACUUCAUGAGUAUUAAUGCUCCGAAUCUAAGGUCAUUUGUCUUUCGUGGCGAUAUACAAUUGAUACAUCUUGAAAAUGUCCCUGUUCUUUCCAAUGUUCUGUAUGCGCCUAGAGAAUUAGUUCUAGAGGACGAAGAUGAUUUUGUCAAUAUUUUUUCGUCUAUUCCUGCUCUCGAGUGUUUCCGCUGGGAUCUUUUUGAGGUCGAUAAUGGAUCAACAAAAGUUAUACCAACAAGGCUUCCAUCAGUUCUUAACUGUCUGAAAUGCCUAUUCAUGUCUUGGAUUACUCUUGGAGAGUUUUUUGAAAUUUCGUUUGCUCUUUGCAUAAUACGGAGCUCUCCAAAUUUGGAAGAAAUUGAAAUUAAGGAAUGUAUCCUUACUGAUGGAGGUUAUUUCGAAUGUGUUCCCCAGGAGGUUGUUGAUGAGAUUCCUGCAAGCUUUUCGGAUAUCACAUUUAAUCAUCUGAGAACAGUUAAGUUUUAUGAUGUACUAUUAGAAGAGGUUGAAAUGCAGCUUAUCAAUGUUUUAUUGGCAAAGUCUCCAGCACUGGUGAAAAUGGUAAUCAAGCCUCGUCAAAUGGAAACUAAUAAAUCUCUCAACGUACUUGCGGAGAUAACAAAGUUUCAGCGGGAAUCAUCUAAAGAAGAAGUCGUGUAUCUUGUUGAUUAG